ACGCACAGCCGCGGCAUGGGGAAAAUUUGUUGUGAUUUUUUACAAUCGCUCUCGCUCUCGGCCCAUCACACGACGGCCCCCUUCAGUCAAACGUCGGCGCUGCCAACCGAGCGGCAGCAAAAAUCGAUACCUUUGAUGUAUUGUGUGUGCGUGGUGGAAAACUAAAAACGGGAGUACAGCGUUGUUCGUGCUUCGUGGGGCUGCUGAAACCGUGUCUGCUGCAAACGACAUAACAUUUGGACCCGAUUUGCCCAGCACCCGUCGAAGUUGUGGUCAGUUGUGUGGUCCAAGGUACGGUGCAGCGCAAAAAAAAGCGAAAUGAAGAACGGGUAUGUGAGGCCGUAAGCCGUGGGGGAUGCGCUUGUUCGCAAGUACGCAAAAAGGACCUUUCCGUUUUUGGAUGGGCGUGUGUGAAACGAUGGCAGGUCCGUGUGCGUGCGUGCGUGUCCGUGUGUGAAGGAUUUUUCUGCUCCAUCACUAGGCCCAACUCGGGCUGGAGUAGCAGGUCGUGCACGCGCAUACACAAAAAAAAAAUUGGGAACCAAGGAUAAUAUGGAUCCCGACCGUCGUCCAGCAGCCGUGCCGUGCCCAACCAUGUUCACCGUGUGUCGCCCGUGCCCGUUUGGGGUGUGUGUUUAUUUUAGCAAACUCAGCCAUUUUGGAAUGUAAUUAGCCGUCGCUAAACGCACAGAGGGAGGGAGAGGCUGCCUACUACGAUCGCACAUUUGAACGGGACGAAAAAGUGUUUUGUGUGUGCGGUGAGCAGCAGGGUGUGUGUGUGUGUGUGAAAAUCCCCCAAGCCUUGAUGGAGGCACUGCCUACUAGAAUGCCGCAGGCGGCCAGCCAGGACGGCAGACGAUAAUGGGUAGUGUGGGGUAGGUGUCGGUGUGGGUGAUGUCGUCAGGUGGUGUUUAGUGAAAUUUUUCGUUAGCCAAAUUUUGCGGUAACUUACCGUCGUCGUCGUCGCUUUAGGGUAGCAUAAUUUACACGCCAGCUGUAGCGGGGGAUCGAUUUUUGUCGAACGCUUGUCUGCACAGCUGGCCAUCCUCGAGCGUAAGCUGAAAAAAAGAGAAAGAAACGAUAUUAGAGCGACGAAACGAUAAUAGAAGAAGGAGCAGGAUCCUCCGUUCGCCAAGAAAUCGCCCGUGAUUGAUACAAACCCGCUCAGAACCGGCAGCCACCAGGAGGAAUUGAUGCGCAAAAACAGGCACGAGGGACUGGCGAAUCACACGGGCAAGGGAUGAGCCGUAGCCGGCGGUCUUCGUUUGGCCACCAGCACUACCAGCAGCAGCAGCAGCAGCAGCAGUUUAGCAUCACCUCCACCAUCAACUAUGACGAUGGGCUGUGCGAUGGCGGGAGCGGCCCGGGGCUGGUCCCAUCCGGCGGCACCGCGUCCUCGCCGUCGCGGUUUAGCGAGUCGUCCUACUCGAACCUGGGAUCCCGCCUGACCGCGUACGUCGCCCAGGCUCCCCUCCACAGCUCCACCGUCGCUCCGUCAUCGUCCUCCGGUUCCUCGCUGCCCCAGCCCAUCCAUCCGGGCUCGUCCGCCUCUUCGGUUUCGUCCGUGGCCGAUCGGUACGGGCCCGGGGAGGAGUCGCUGCGGCCGUGCUGCAUCUCACCGGCUGCACCACCAUCAUCCGCCAAUGACCGUUACUCGACCAGCUCGGCCCCAAACUCCAUCAUGUAUCCGGAAACGCGCAACGGACCGCACCAUCGUUCGAUGUCUCCGGGAUCGAGAACACGUUACCCCGUGCCGGAGCGGUUCCGGGAUCCACCGGCGUCAGCGCCUCCGCAGCAAAGCACCACCCAGCCCAAGCUGGACCAGUACGGCAACUAUCUGAUCGGCAACAAUGCGCCACUAAUGACGAGCUCGGAAAGCUACAACUAUCUCACCUCGACCGUGCACACGCCGGUGAAGCGAUACAUUCCGACGCCGCCGCCCGCGGAGAACUUCUCGCACUGUGAGCCGGUCGGAGGUGGCGCCGGUGGUCUCGGUGCGAGCCUAAUGGCCGGUCUGAUGGCGUCCGGCGGGGGCAUCAACAUCAUCAACGCUGCGCAAGCCGGUGCAGGUGGAUCGCUGCUCAAAUCGCUGCCGUACCGGUUGAAGGUGCCGAAAUCGGCGGACCCGGUCGGUCUGGGGGAAGACGCGACGGAUCAUUACGCGACGCCACCGCGUGCCCGGCCCGUCGGGGGCAAGUGUCCGCAGCAGCCGAUCUGUACGUUCGCCGGCCAGCCGGUGGUUGGUGGGACGCUCGGACGGCAAUCGCUGCAGCCGGAUUAUGCGUUGCUCCGGGCGGCCACACCGGUUAGCAUUAUGAGCGAACCGAUGGUGCUGGGCCAUGCACCUUCGUCGGACGAGGAGCAGUGCUAUCAGUGUAACAGCUUGCGGCAAGCGACCGGCGUCCACCAGACGACGCAAACAUCCGGCCCGAUCAGUCCGCAGCCACUGUCGAUCUCGUCCGUGUCGAUGUCGGACAUGGAGCGGCAAUCGCCCCUCAGCCCACCGUCGCUCGUAUCGCAUGCUUCGUACCCACACCAUCAUCAUCAUCAUCAUCAUCACCAUCAUCACCAUCAGCAGCAGCAACAGCAUCAGCAGCAGCAUCAGCAGCAACACUACACUUUGACAACACCGGGAGAUGACGGCCGGAACGCACAGCAGUCGCUAAUCAUCGCACAAUCGCACACACUGAACAGCUCGUGCAGCAACCCGUCGAUCAUUAUCCAGUAUCAGCAUCAGCAACACAUACAAGCGCAUCAGCAGAUCCAGCAGCAGCCGCUUUAUCAGCAGCUGCAGCAGCUCCAGCAGCAACACGCUCAGCAGCAGCAGCAACAGCAGCAGCAGCAUCAUCACCAGCUACAGCUACAACACCAACAAGCACAGCAGCAAGCGCACCAGCAACAGGUUCAGCAGCAGCAGCAACAGCAACAGCAUCAACAUCAGCAACAGCUGCAACACAUGCACCUGCCCCGGCUGCAGCCCGACUCCACCCCGUCAACACUGCAGCGGAACGUGCAGGCGAUCCGGCAGCAGCGGCUCACCCACAAGCAACGCAUCAAGGAGUAUCUGCGCCGCAGCACGUCCCAGUUUUUCGGCGUCGACCAGCUGCACGAUGACUACGAGCAGCAGAAGUGGGAGGACCGGCAGAAGCGGUUCGCCAUCCGGCGCUUCGGCUCGCUCAAGGACGAGCUGCCACCGAACGGGCGCGGACCGUCCGAGCCGAGCGCGGACGUCAUGCACGACCACCUGACGCACAGCGACCGGCCGGACGUGCUGCCGGCCCAGAGCCAGGACGAGCCGGAAACGGAGCAGAACCGGCGGCAGCGCUUCAACCCGUACUACAGGCACGAGGGCGGCGAAGAGUUUCUGGUCGAGCGGAAACCGUCCGUGUCGCGCAUGAUGCUCAGCGGGCUGGUGUUUGUGGUGCAGAGCCUGCGGAACAGGGUGCCGCGCCGGCAGAAGCAGUGGUCCCGCAGCUUCGCCCCGGCGCACGUCGCCCUCAACAAUGACGAUAACGAUAUCUACGAUGGGCUAACGCCGGUGCAGGAGGAUGAGAUGUUUUUCGAUGUGCCGGCGGGUGGUGGUCAGAAUGGUGCGGGCGGUGGUGUCCCGCCGGCCCAGCAGGAGCAAGAUCUGGCCGGUGCGCCAGUGGCGGACAAUUCGCACCAGAUCUACAUGCUCGAGACGGACCGGGCGCUCGUGAGCAGCGGAUGGCGGACGCGCACGGCCGAAGAGCAGCUGCAUCUGCAGGACGUUGCGGCCGGGCGCAACAACGCCAUGUUUCAGUUCUUCUACGGCCAGCGCAUACCGGGCACGAUACUGGAGAGCGUGCUGGACAACUCGAGACGUCCGCCGCGCCACUGCAUCAAGCUGCUGCGGCCGAACGCGCUGGACGACCGGUACGACUACCGGCCGUACUUUACGUACUGGAUCAACACGACGCAGAUACUGGUGCUGUUGCUGACGCUACUGUGCUACGGGGUCGGCCCGAUCGGCAUUGGGUUCGAGCAGAAGAGCAGCCAGGUGCUGGUCACUAGUCUGAGCUUGCAAACGGUUCAACACUACGAGCCACGAAACAUUUGGAUUGGGCCGCGCAGGGACGACCUGGUACAUCUCGGGUCGAAGUACGCGCCCUGCAUGCGCAGGGACGGCCGAAUCAUGGAUCUCAUAUCGAAAACGCGCAAGCAGGAGCGCGAAACGGCCUGCUGCAUACGCAACGAUGAUUCCGGCUGUGUGCAGAGCUCCCAGGCCGACUGCUCCGUGCGUGGACUGUGGCCUACGACCAUUUCAACGUGGAAAAAGUGGUCGCCGGGCGAUUCCGGCCCUGGGGGGCGCAUUUCCGGCAGCGUGUGCGGUCUCGACCCGAAGUACUGCGAUGCGCCGGCCUCGAUUGCACCGCACGAGUGGCCGGACGACAUCACCAAGUGGCCUAUCUGUCGGAAGAACAAUCAGUUUACGCAACGCUUCCGCUUCAAGGAUCACACUGCCGAGCACAUGGUGUGCGAGGUGAUCGGCCACCCGUGCUGCAUGGGCAUCUCGGGCGAGUGCCGCAUCACGACGCGCGAGUACUGCGACUUUGUCCGGGGCUACUUUCACGACGAGGCGUCCCUCUGUUCACAGGUUUCCUGCUUGAACGAUGUGUGCGGCAUGUUUCCGUUCAUCGUGACGGACCUGCCCGACCAGUUCUAUCGGCUGUUCACGUCACUCUACAUCCACGCCGGUAUCGUUCAUCUCAUAAUCACUGUUGCCUUUCAACACAUUCUCCUCGCGGAUCUGGAGCGUCUGUUGGGAUCACUGCGAACGGCGAUAGUUUACAUCGGCUCGGGCAUCGUCGGCAACCUGACCAGUGCCAUCUUCGUGCCCUACAAGGCGGAGGUCGGUCCUUUACCAUCACUGGCGGGCACGCUUUCCUCGCUGCUCGUGCUGCUCAUACUCUGCCAUUGGCGCAAUCUAAAGAAACCACAGUACGCCAUGCUGAAGAUACUCUUCCUCGGCUGCCUGCUGUUCGGUAUGGGCACGUUACCAUGGCAGCAAAACUUUACCGGCCUACUAUCGGGGCUGCUGUUCGGUACCACCUUCACGCUUGCGCUCACCCCAUACCUCAGCUUCGCCAAGUACAGCCGAAAGGGCAAGAUCAAGCUAGUGUGGAGCUGCUUCGCGCUGCAUUUCGUGCUGUAUGCGCUCAUCUUUCUCGUGUUCUACCUGUUUCCGACCAUCUUCUCGCUCAACUUCCUCGAGGGCAAUCAGAUCUCGAGCAUCAACGACAACAACGGCAUGCACGAUCACUUCAAUCCGUACGAUACGUUCAACUACUUUAACGGUAAGCAUGGGCUGGACGGUGGCGGCUCCUCGCACGGCGGCAUGCUGCCGGGCGAGGGCGGCCGGGCCGGGGGCGAUGUCGGCGGCGGUGGCGGACGCAUUAAGGAUUACGAUCGCGGCGGAGGGAAUCGAUACGGCGGCAAGGACGGUGGUGGCGGAGGCGGUGGUGCUAUUAGCAUGUCGGGCGGCACGAUCAAAGCCAUUAAUCCCAAAUACAAUAAUAUAAAUAGUAACGGUAAUCUUAACGCUAAAUCCAAUAUGCAUAGUUAUAAGAUGGUAGCUAUAUGUGAGAAGGGACAGUGCAAUCCGCGUCCGAACGCAUGACGUCGAUGUGUUUUACCCACGGCGUACGGCCGCUCAUCAAUACGAUUGAUUUCCAUUUUAUUCAUCCGUAUCACACUUAUUGUACCGUUAUUUACCGAAAGGAAAAAAAGGCAAAAAGGAUAACAACACGCAUAUAUACCGAUAUACUCCAUAUACCCUCCCUCCCCAUAGUACACGCGAAGAGCAGUCAGUGAAAAGGAAAGCGAAAGGAAGUGACAGGGAGCGGAACGCAAAAAAGGAAACGCAUAAAAAAACCCCGGAAAUGUUUAGGAAAAAUCGUCUCGCGGAGAAAACAGGGCAUACGAGCAGAUCACCAAUAUGUAUUGUGCAAUCUUGUCAGUGGAGCGCGGUGUAACGAGCAAGGCGGAUGGUUGCGUAAAACGUGCAGUACUGAGGGACUGAGUAGUGUACACGUGCGUGGUGAAGCUGACAUGCAUCUAAGUAAAACAAAAACACACACACACACAAAGUAACGAAAAUUGAAUGAAAUAUAUAAUGAAAAACGCA